AUACUGUCCUGUUUGGUUCAGCACUGAUUUGGAGAUGUGAAUGAGACAUUGCACACACACACACAAACCCUGCGAUCUGCUUUGCAGUCAAUAUGAUGUCAGACGAGUAUUUGGUGGAGUGUAAUAUUGAUGAUGAUGAUGAUGAUGAUGAUAAAGAUGAUGAUGUGAAGGAGAUGCACCCGUCUCCACCUCCUCCUCCACAGUUCUCCUCCACCCCGUCCCUCACUUGGGGUGAGAUCAGAGAUCCCUUUGGCAUCAACAAACAUUUGAAGAUAGAGUUUAGCGAUGUUCUGGCGGAGCCCGUGUCCACACACAGCUACGACCGCGUGUGGGUGUACAGCGGCAUUGGGUUCGAGUCCACGCGGCUGUGGGGUUACCGCUGCCUCACAGCGCUGUGUGCGGUUCCCCUCUCCUGUCUCUGUGGCUGUCUCUUUGCCCUCCUGGCCUGUAUGCACAUCUGGUGUGUGAUGCCCUGUAUCCAGGUGUGUCAUAGCUGCCUGCCCUGUGUGAGGUCACUGUGGAUGAGUGCGGUUAAUAUCUUCAUCGCUCCGUUCUGCACAUCUGUGGCUCGCUGUUGCAGUGGCGUAUAUGUGGUGUUCUCCAAAGAGUGAUGAAAAACAGGAAGGAAUUUGAGGAAGCUUGUCAAACUGCAUUUCUCUCAAUUAAAUAACAAAACAAAACAUGAAUUCUUGGAAUACCUGAAUGGAUUUUAUUUUUUUUUAUUUUUUUUGAAGCUAUGUUUAAAUAACCAUGAGACAUUCAAAGAAGAGGAUUACAUGUUAUUAAAUAGAUUUUUAUUUAAUAACCUUUUAUAUUUAUUUUUAAUUAAUCUUAAUCUAACAAACUCUGCACAGGUUUGUCUUAUAUACGAAAUUACAAUAUAACCUUUUUACACAAAAUCUGUUGAUUUUUCUUUUUCCAGAUGUUUGAUAUAAUGAAUGUCUGCUUUAAUGCCGUGUCAUACAUGUAUUUGAUUAAAACCAUGUAGCCUGCA